CAUGGCGAACCCGCCGCCAUGGCAGCUGGGACCGCAAGAUUAUCAGAAUUUGACCAGCUGCUUUGCUUUGUAUUUCCCAUCAGAAGAUGCUGGUGGAGGGGUCAUGAGACGUUCGGAGGCUCAAGAAGCACUGCAAUGGUGUAUGGCCUUUACAUAUUUGGCCUUCAAUCCUACUGCUGCCCCGGAAGUUUCUGGAGCCCUGCAGAUUCGAAGGGCACGCUUUUCCUUAGAUCAACUGCGAACUAUGAGAACUUCUCAAGGUGCCCAGAGUGACAUGGUUGCCGGUUUGUCCAAGAGAUUGAUGAUGCAACCCGAGAAGUUCUUAGCCGAAGUGGGAUUGGGCUUUGAUUUGGCCCACAUGCUGCUUCAACGUCACAACCCUCAGCUGUCUGAGACUGCCAACAGUGCAGCAAGGCCCAUAGAUGUGGAACUGGUGGCGCCGGAGUUAGAUCAAGCAGUGCAAGCAGUGAGAUCUGAAUUGAUUGAUCGAUAUG